GUCUCCGCCCACCGAGAGACGUCUCAGCUGUUCUCUAUCACGUCCGCAUUUCAGAUGUAAAUAUCGGCGAUCAGACAGAUUCAACUCAUUGGUUUCUGACGACCUAAACUCAGUAGAAGAGAAAAUGUCUGGCCGCGGUAAGGGAGGGAAAGGACUCGGUAAAGGAGGCGCAAAGCGUCACCGUAAAGUUCUCCGUGAUAACAUCCAGGGGAUCACCAAGCCCGCUAUCCGCCGUCUGGCUCGCCGUGGUGGAGUGAAGCGGAUCUCCGGCCUGAUCUACGAGGAGACCCGUGGUGUGUUGAAGGUCUUCCUGGAGAACGUGAUCCGUGAUGCCGUCACCUACACCGAGCACGCCAAGAGAAAGACGGUGACCGCCAUGGAUGUGGUGUAUGCUCUCAAGAGGCAGGGACGCACUCUGUACGGCUUCGGAGGUUAAACAACACACUGCUGCUACAAACACAAAGGCUCUUUUAAGAGCCCCA